UAUGGGCAGUGCUACGUACAUUGCAUUCAGAGGUUAUGGCAAAAGAACUCAGUACAGGCCUUUUUGUUUGUUCACGUUAUGUGCACGGGAAAUUACAGGAAAUAGGUGCAGAACCAGAGAAGCAAUCGCGUCCUGGUCUUUUUGAGUGUUUUCCAUGUGGUACGGGGUUAGAAAUCAGGCGCUGAGGGAGCAGCACACCGCUGCACACGGGAGACCUCCGGCGAGGUUUCCAGUCAAAAGAAUGGUGGAGUAAUAUAAGUAGAGACAGCACUAAACAACAGGCUAAUAUGCAACGCGAUGAUCACUUUCCUGGAAGCUGCAAGCAGGCCUGCAGAUAUAUAGCUAACGCCGGAUCAUUAUAUUAUCCUCCUUCUCUGCAGCGAGAUUGCAGCGCCAGACAGACGCCACCAACCACCAUGGCCGGUGGAGCAGAGACGUCUCCUCCUCCUCCUCCUCCUGAGCAGCAGGUCGCGGAGGUGGUGGUGGUGCGGCACGGCGAGACGCCGUGGAACGCCGCCCGUAUCAUCCAGGGGCAGAUGGAUCCGGAGCUCAACGAGACCGGCAGGCAGCAAGCUCUCGUGGUCGCGCGCCGGCUGGCGGGAGAAGCCAAGCCGGCCGCCGUGUACUCCUCCGACCUCCGGCGCGCCGCCGAGACCGCGCAGGCCAUAGCCACAGCCUGCGGCGUACCCAACGUGGUGUUGGAUCCGGCGCUGAGAGAGCGGCACAUGGGAGACCUCCACGGCCUGGCGUACGGCGACGCCGUCAGGGUCAACCCCGGCUUCUUCUCCUCCGACGACAGAGCCCAAGGAAUCCCCGGUGGUGGCGAGAGCCUUGAGCAGCUGUCCCGGCGGUGCGUCUCGUACCUCAACACGGUGGCCGCCAAACACAGAGGGGAGCGGGUGAUCGUGGUGACCCACGGCGCGAGCAUGGAGGAACUGUGCACGCACGCCGACCCGGCCAGCCCCGUGCGCGGCAAGCUCCACAACACCUGCAUCUGCGUCUUCCGCAUCUCCGGCGCCGGCGAGUCUGAAAGAUGGGUCCUGGAGAAGGCCGGCGACGUCGCCCAUCUCGCCGUCGUCGGCGGCGACGGCGCGUCCGCGUGAACACGUAACAUAUUGCCUCUGUUUUGUCAACGAUCAGACACGUGCGGCCAUCAAUUCGGUUCGAUUGGACCAGCCAUUUUCGUUGUUGUUGUCAGCUGCUAGGUUGCCUCCGUCGAACUUGCUUCUCGGUGUAAUAAUAUCGGUCAGAAAUUCGUACGUCUUUACCUCUAUGUUUGAAAUCGUCGGCAUCGUGUGGAGUUCAUAGUU